AUGGGUGUUAACGUCGCUGUCUUUGGUAUCAAUGGUCUCUUGGGAGGCCCCGUGCUUGAAGCACUCACCACGACCCCUUUCGGGUCCAAGGUGGCCCUGGUUAAAGCGAUCACUCGGUCCCAACCAAAGGAGAAGUGGGACAAGGUCGACUACAUUGUCGCCGAUAUCACCAAGGCUGAUGACCAAAAGAAAGUUGUCGAUGCCAUCAAAGGUGUCGACGUCAUCAUUGGCCUCAAUGCCCCCGACGCCAGUGUCUACUCGGGUCUUGAAGCCAUUAUUCCUCAAGUGAAGCCUAAGUUGUACGUGCCGUCGCAAUUCGGUGCCGAGCUCGCUGGAGCGCAAAAGGUGUUGCCGGGCUUCCUUCAACCUAAGGUUGAUCACUCGAACAAGGUUCGUAAGGAUGGCAUUAAGGUGGUGGACGUGUCGACUGGGUUGUUCAUCGUCCCUGGUUCGUUCGCGUACGAAUUUGUGCCCCAAUUCGGCAUUAACGCCGAGGACGCCACAGUCACCCAACGCGGCGAUGCCAACACGCCCAUCUCCGUGUCGGCGCUUGAAGACGUCGGUAAAGUCGUCGCCUCGAUCGCUACCACCGCCGACUACUCCAAGCUCCCUGACUCGCUUCGUGUGCGCAGUGACCAAGUCACUUUUGCCGAAGUACAAGAGACUUGGUCCAACAACCACGGCAAGAAACUUAAUGUGGUGAAGCAAUUGAGCCUUGACGAAGCCCGCGAGGAAGCUGCCGACAUCUGGGGUAAGGGUUUCGACCCCUCCAAGUUUGGUUACUACCUCCAAGCGAUCGCGUCGCAAGGCUCCGGUAAGGGUCUCGUGUUCGAAUCGGUCGACAACGACCUCGUCAACCCCGGUACUUGGGAAUGGACCAAGUACAAGCGCAACACUAACUAA